GUACCCAUGAGAGAAGAAUUCUUUUUACAGAGAUCCAAAAAAAAGGUGACUUUUUAUUCAAUUCAAAAGCUGCCAGUGAUGGAGAAAUCAUCAGGAUGCGGAGAAAAUUCAAAAAUAUUACUACAACUAAAAAUAUGCCAUGUCCCUAUUGUAAGGGAUUUUAUUCAAAAAAAAAUUUAAAGAGUCAUUCAGAGAAAUACUGCAUAGCACGAAAUGGACAGAAUGAGAAAUAUUUUCAGAGAAAGGGAUUAAAAAAUACCAUCACUUGUAGUCGUUCUGUUUUACAAAAUAUCCAUGAAAUAGCUUCAGAACCAUUGAGAACAAGAAUUUUUCCUGUUCUUACUGAUGAUGUAGUCACAAGAGCAAUAGCCCAUGACCACCUUGCUAUUCAGUUUGGGAAUUUUUUGGCAAUAAAAUAUUCAUCAAGCUAUCAUCAUGAUAAAAUGAUCAGAAGUAAAUUACGUCAGUUAUCCAGAAUUCUUCUAGAAAUGAAAAAAAUAGAUCCCAGUAUUGAAGAUGUGAAAUCUAUAUAUGACUGCAAUAAAUUUGAUACAUUCAUCAAUGCCAUUUAUAGUUUAGGGGGGUGGUCAGAUGGUAGAUUUGCUGUUACUAGUAUAGGCCCUAGUUCUGUGACAUUGAUACUCCAUGUUGGAGACAUUUUAGAGACAGAAGCCGUUAAAAAUAAAGACUAUGAACUAGAAAAAGAAACUCAAAGAUUUUGUAAGUUGGUUUCAACUAGAUCCAACUAUCUUAUAAAUAAAAUGGCACAUGAAAAUCGAAGUCAAAUUAAGAGAACUAAGGAAGUCCUUCUUCCAGAGUUAGAAGAUAUUAAACAAUUGCAGAAAUUUCUCGAUAAAAGAAUACUGCAUUCUAUGGACAUUUUAAGAAAGGACUUUGAAUUAAAGACUUGGAAAACAUUAUGCAAAACAGUUUUAGUGAAAUUAAUGACUUUUAAUCGUAAGAGGCCAGGUGAUGUGGAAAGGACACAAAUAUUUGAAUAUAAAAAUUUACAGCUAUUAAGUGAGGAUCAGUUAAAUAACUUCAAAGACAAUAUGAUGGAAUACGAAAGUAAAUAUGGAAGGUACAUAACAAGAGGAAAAUUGAAUCGUGAUGCUGCUAUUUUAGUUGGACAAAAUGAAAUCGAGGCUAUUGAAAUAAUACUGAAAUAUAGAGAAAAAGCAAAUAUACUAAACGAUAAUCCUUAUUUGUUCGCAUGUCCUCUUGGUUCAGCUGAACCGUUUUUUAAAGCUGGUAAAGCAUUAAAAGAUUUCUGUCUUUCAGAAGGAUUGAAUAGUAAUCAUUUAAAUGCAACCUCUCUCAGAAAACACCUUGCUACAAUAACCUCAGACUUUGAAAAAGAAAAAAGGUUACGAGUUAGCGACUUCAUGGGCCAUAACUUUUCCAUCCACGAAAAUAUUUAUAAGCAAAGACCAGCUUCCCAGGACAUAUUGGAAGUGGUACCUGUCUUGAAUUUUGCCAGCGGUUCAAACACAACAAGUAAUAUUCAAUAUUCAGCCAGAACUACCUACACACCACAUGGUAAUUAUAUUAAGACCAAUUCCAUUUCUGAUCCAGAAAGUUAUACGACUCCAGUCCCUAGUAGUGAUGAUAAUGAUGACGACAUACAAGACAUGAUUGAUCCCACAUAUCAACCAGACUUGUCAAAAAUUUCUGAGGAAAACAGUUAUGUUGAUAGUGAACAACCUGAAGAACUUAAACGGUCAACCAAUAGGUUGAAUAGAAAACAUACUUUCAGAGUAAAUAAUAAAAAGACGUGGUCAACUCCAGAAAAAUCUACUGUUAAGGAUAUUUUCAAAAAUUAUUUGUUGGAGGAUAAUGAAAACGUUCCAAGUUUAGAAACUUGCCAGGAAUUCAUAUACAAAAAUCAAAUUUUGAAAGAUCGAACUGCAAUCCAAGUUCGAUCUUGGAUUGUAAAUCAAAAGAAAAGAAUGAAAAGUGGUAGAUCUGGUUGGAGUACCCCAAUGAAACAGCGUUGCAGAAUGGCAUUUCAGUCUUUCUAUGAAACUGGGCAGUAUCCUACUUCAGAUGAAAUCAUUAAAUUUUUAAAUAGUGACAGGAAAUUGUUUGAAGGCUUAACAGUCCCAAAUCUACGAAGUCAUCUACAACAUGAUCGGAAAUAUUUAAAAAGUCAGCAAACAAUAGGAAGACAGCUAUUCUUAUAGUCAAACUGAAAUCAUCACCUGCUUUUUCAUUGUUAUGUUGAACGGGAUAAUUUUAAUGUGGCAUGUUGGAAAUGGUGACAAAUAGAGAUAAUGGUCGUAAAAACACGUGUGAUAGCUCAUUCGAUCUGGAAUGAUGUCUAGAGAAAUUUGCUAAAACCGUUUUUAGCACAUAAAUAAUUUCAAAAAUUAUAAACAAAUGAAGAUGAAGAAAAAAUGUGG